AUGGGAACCAGGUGGGAAAAGGAGCAAGGAAAACAGGCAAUGGACACAGAACCAGGCAGAGAACACAAGAACCAGGAAUCAAGGGUCAGGAAUCACAGAAGUCAGAGGCUGGAUCAGUCUCAGGAGCUCAGAUCAGAAAGGAUCACAUUCACAGCACAGCUUCCAGGGGUAGAGGAGAGGAACAGAGCAAAGAUUACAAAUGAGCAAUGUAACAGGAAGGAGGAGCAUGGUGACACCAUCCAGUCCAAAAUGGUGGACUCGAUCAUUAAAUUGGGAGAUCAACUUCACGCAAAGAUUAUAGACUUCAGAGGAGCAGGAGGAGACAUCCCUCUCCAGGUGACUGGCCGUGUAGGGGAGACUGUCACACUGACACCCCGUCUGAGUCUCACACAUCCCAUUAAAGAGGUCACAUGGGUGUUUUAUGUUAAUGGGAAACAAAUAGUCCUGGCUACAUUCAGAGAGCAGAAGUUUAUCAUCAGAGUGAAUAAUAAUUUCCUCAACCGCCUGGAAGGAUCUAACAGUGGAACCUCAUUACAGAUCAGAGAGCUGAGAAUGGAGGAUAGUGGAGUCUUCACUGCACAGAUUCAUGUUAAUGGAGAAAUGAGUGACAUAUCCUAUAAUCUCACUGUAUAUGAGCCUGUUCCCAGCCCAGAAAUAAAGAUGGAGAAGGUGUGGAUUACCUCUGACUGGUGCAAUUUCACUCUUCAUUGUUCUGCCCCAACAAAGUCAUCAGCUCUGUCCUACAGUUGGAUGUACAGACACAAAGAGCGGUACCAGCCCUAUACCAAUGGUACCACAAUCCAUGUGUCACUGCAGCCUGAAUCCUGGGAUGAGGAGUAUCUGUGCUUCAUACACAACCCGGCUGACCAGAAAAAUGGCUCUAUUACUGCUCGGCAAUUCUGCAAUGAUACCAGUCUCACAGAAGGCACAGCUGAUAAAAGCUGCAGGAUCAAGCUGUACAUCUACCUGCCAAUACUCACUGCUCUCUCCUUGUCACUAGCAGCUCUCAUCAUUGUCACAAGAACCAAAAGUGUAUAACAUCAAUCAAUGAGAUGUUUUGCCUUCCUGAAACAGAAUGGAAAAGCAUGAUAACCCUUUAAACCUCCAUUAUUGUUUCUGCACAGACUAUAAAGAGAAGUGAUACUAUUAGUGCUGUGCAGGACAUGGAGUUACUAACAUAGGUACCACUGCAGUUAACCAUAACAACCAAGUGUAAGAGAAAGUAUAAAAUGAAUGCAAAGAUUCUCAGAUAGUAAUAUCACUGCAAGUCAACAAAUGAUCGUUUACUUUCCAAAGUGAAGUGUGCAAAAUGUAAUUUUGAACACAAAGCACCAUUAGUGAUGGGUGAAUUUGUCCCGUUUCGCAGAAAUUUGCGAAACGACGAAAAAUUAGCGAAAUGCGAGUUUUGACGCCAGCAUUUUUGCGAAUUUAUUCGCUGGUGGUGAAACACGGAAAUUCACUGUGAAUUCGCGCCUGGCGAAUAAAUUCGCCCAUCACUAAUCACCAUGUUUUUACCGAAAGUUCUGCAUUUCCUCUCAUAAUUCUAGUAUAAUUGUGCCACUAGCAGGAGCUGCACACAAUUGAUAAAAUAUUUUAUCAUUGAUCUUCCAUGCUCAUAUCAACAAUUAUGUUAAUUUGUUAUUGUUAUAUGAUUGGCUAAGUCCACUAAGGUUAUGAAAUGCAAGCUAUGUUCAGGUAAAGCUAACCCCUUUUUGUAUUAUUGAGGUAGUGGCAGCUCCAGGGUUCCCAAGUGUUGAUUGGUGCAUUUGCACACAAUUCAUCCAGAAAAGUUUCACAAUGAGCAAAUAGUGAUUUUGCAUGCAAGUACCUUUAAUUAAUGACAUGAUUGACUGUUAGCUUGACUGCUACUGCAAUAUAGAAGUAUUCUGGUGUUGCUCUUCUCAGGAAAGAGAUUAGAAGCCUCACGUGCCCUUUCCCAUCUCCUUCCUCAACAGAGCAACAUCAGAACACUUCUCAAGCAUAUCUCUUUGAAUGUACAGUUACAGGAACUGACCAGCAGGUGACACUGUCCCAAAAUGCAUUAUAUUGGCAGUUA